AUGCGUUUGUCCACAUUUCUCCUCGCGGCAUGUGCCUCGAGUGCAUUCGGGCAGUUCAACCAGAAUUUCAAGAGAUUCACAAACACCAGUAUUCCCGCCACUACGACUACUGGCUCUGUUCCUAGUUCAAUUGACACCAGUGCUUCUACGACUAGUAGCACUGCUCCGUCUUCUGCGCCUAUCAGUCUUGGAACAGCCCAGCUUGGUGCAGGUGCUAGCUACACCACUGCACUUGAUGGUUCUGCGGCAGUCUCUCUCUUCAUCCGAAAUGGAGUCGCUACGUUCCGACUUGUGCCCUUCCUAGCCAGCUUCGCAGGCCUGCGUGUCUUUGUCGUCUUCAGUAUCCUCGUCAGGCCUCCUCCCAGAGGCCUUAAGCGCCAGGUCUUCGAUGGAUGCACCCUCGAAGUUCAGGUGGAUGGCCAAACCAUCUACCAAGAAGUAAUGAGCGACACAGGUGGAUCAGAGGUUGGACAGCGUAGCAACCCUGUCAGGCUUGACGCCGAAGGUCGCCCUGAUCUGCAAUACUUCCUGACUUGUGGCUCUGAUGCUGUUGAGGUUGUUGUUUCUCAUCUGUCUUUUGACCAAGCUGGCGAGGAUGCACAGACCACACCUAUUGCGCCUCUCCCAACGGGCACUGAAACGCCAGGUGGUACGAACACUAACUCUGAGGGAUUUACUACCAAUUCUGAGGGAGAGACUGUUUCCCCUCCUGGCACCAACUCGGCUGGCUUUACCACGAACUCUGACGGAGAGACUAUUUUCCCUACCGGAACUGACUCGGCUGGUUUCACCACCAACUCGAACGGUGAGACUGUCUUCCCCACAGGGGCCAACUCUGCCGGCUUCACUACGAACUCGGACGGGGAGACUAUCUUUCCUCCUAGCACCAACUCUGCUGGAUUCACCACGAACUCUAAUGGAGAGACUGUUUUCCCUACUGGGACUAACUCUGCCGGCUUCACCACCAACUCCAACGGCGAGACCAUCUUCCCCACUGGAACGGCAACUGGCACUGAGGAUGAAACUUCCGCUCCGACUGCAACCUCUCUCGCUGGCUUCCCUGACUUCAUUGAUGCUUUCGCACUCUUCGGCUGUGUCGGAUCUAGUGAUGGCUUCCCGACUUUCGAACUUGCUGAAUCGGAUACCUCUAUGGAUCUGGAUCAGUGCUCUACUCUCUGCCAAGGCCGAGCCUACUUUGGUGUCUAUGAUACUGACUGCUACUGUGGUGACGAGAUUGAUGGCGAGGACACUACCCGUGUUGAACUCGAUUCCUGCGAUAUCGAGUGCCCCGGCGAUGUUUCUCAGUUCUGCGGUGGUGACUCUCAGCGCCGCAGGAUGCACCGUCGCCAGACCAUUUCUUCCGAUCGCCUUCUCACGGUUUAUGUUUCUGCUGGCGGUCAAACUGAUGUUGUCACCGACGAGGUCACUCGAACCGUCACUGAUCAGUCAACUUUCGUUACUACCUUCGCCACUACCGUUGCUGGACCCGUCACCACCGCUACCGAGCGAGUAGUGUACAUCUUUGUUGAGGCCGAAUGCGGCGCCUGUAACCGCGAGUGGGUCUAUAUCCCUGAAGUUUGUGACUGCCAGGGCGGCUUCCAGUAUGUUCCCCACUUCUGCUUCGGUGGCAGCUGCUCUGGAAAGACUGUAUACAAGUCUCAGGAAUGCCACGAUUGGUGGAACCACAAGGACUUCUAUGUGCCAGCAGACUGCGAGGAAUGCUCCGGUGGAGAGAUUAUUUACAAGCCUUGGGAGAAUUCUUGGGGCACGCCUGAGAACUGCAAGCCCGAGGAGAUUCCUGCCUGUGAGGGACACAGGUGUCCUCCUGUCUACCCCACCAACAACAAGGGUCAGAACGGAGGUGGUGGCAGUGAUCACGGUGGCAGCUCCAAGCCUGGUAUGCACCAUGGAGGUUCCGACAGUGGUUCCAACGGUGGUUCCAGCUAUGGUGGUCACAGCAAGGGCUCGGACGACAACGGAUCAAAGGGUGAUGUCCCCGGAUGUACUGGAGAUGAAUGCACUGGACCAUACGACGGCGAAUCUGGCUCCAAGCCCAAUGGUUCCCAUGAGUCCAGUGGAGGUGAUACCCACGGCGAGCCUGCACCUGGAAGCAAGCCCACUGGACCGGCUGAGGGCAGUGGCUCUCACAGUGAGCCAGCACCUGGCGGCGAGCCUACUGGCGCUCCCGUUGUUAUUAGCGGCGCCGGCAACCAGGUUGCUAAUUUCUUUGUUCUUCUGGCUGCCAUCGCCCCCGCUCUUCUCUAG